UCGUUUUCCCGCCUAUCGCCGUUCUGCCAUCUCUGCCCCUCCCGCUCUUGUUGUUGUUGCCACUCUUCUUCUUCUUCUCCCAAUUCGCCAGAGCGCGCAGCAAACAACAAAACACACAGUGCUCAAAACCGCGAUAUCAACUGGCGUAAAAAAACGUUAUCACUCGACUUUCGCUAAACAACUCCAUUAUGUCGACCGAAAUGAAGGCAAACGUUCGAAAACCGCGUUCAAUGCGAAAAUCCGAAGAUUUUAAGCCAACUCCAGUGGCCCGAUUGUUUAGUGGUCCCUUUAAACGGGCUACAUGCCAAACAGAGGGACCACUAAAUAUUAGGCGAAGAGGACGGCACAAGGCAGACAUCGAUAAACCAGCGGCCCAAAGCAACGCUGCAAAAUGUUUGUAAACAGCUGACGAGGCCGCCAGGUGGCGCCCGCGUGCGGGCAUUGCCAGAUGCGAAAAAUCCACCAAAUGCUGCCCUGCAUUGUGAACGCCAUUUUUAUUGCAAGAAAGAAAGCCUGAAUUUUCAAGCAAAAACGCGAGUAAUUAACGUGUGAUUAUUGUGAAAAGCCAGCGCGAAUAUGAUUUAAUCGAGGACCAAUAGUUUCGGGGUGCGAGCACAGCGAGCGGCGCUACAAAGUUGCCAUUUUUGGAAAGUCGAAGGAGGAGCCUAAAAAUGGAGCAAUAUAUAGUGCCCCUGGAGGAGCCCGUCUACUCGGAUUUGCAGGUAGUGCAAGUGCCCCAAGAUGAGGUGGGGUCCUUGGUCCUGCAGGAUGACCAGCAACUAGUAUUCAACGAACAGCAGCAAGUUGUCUACCAAACGGCGGCUCCUGCGCAAUAUCAACAGCCCCAGCAGUCGGCUGCACCCACAUACCACAUAAUCGGAGGCGACGAUCUCGCCCAGCAGCAGCAGCAACACCAACAGCAGCAGCAGCAGCAGCAACAGCAGCAGCAGCAACAACAAGUUGUAAUGCAUCACCAGCAGCAUCAAGUGCAGCAGGUUCACUAUCAGCAGCAGCCAGAUCCCCAGCAGCAACAAUUGCACCUGGAGCAACAGCAACAGCAGCAGCAGCAAUAUGUGCAGCACCAGCAGCAGCAACCCGCCAUCCAGCACACGCAACAGAUUUACUACACUUCCGAGCAGGUUCUGCAGCCCAAUGCCAUUGUACAGCAUAUGCAGCAACAGAAGAAGCAGCAGCAAGUGUUGCAGCAACAACAGCAGCAGCAACAGCAGCAGUAUCAGCAGCAUGCACCCACCUACCAAGUGCAGGCUUCGCCCCAAGGGCAACCCCAAUUGCUGCAGAGCCCCCAGCAGCAGCAGCAGCAUCCGCAGCAGGCGCAACAGCAGCCGCAAACGCUGCAGCUGCAGACAUCGCCGGCCCAGCAGCAACCGCAGCAGCAUCAGCAGAUCGUCUACCGCAUGACCACCACCCAGCAGCCACAAAGACCUUUGGGGAUGCUCAACAACACGCACGUAAUUGUCCAGCAGCAGCCGGUUUUAAUCCAAGCUCCGCAGCAUCAGGAGCUGAUUAUGCGCCAGGCGGCCAUCCAUCCGUACAACAAUCGCGUCGUUUAUGCCACCUCACCGCAACAACAGCAGCAGCAACAACAGCACGUCAUCCAGCAGCACGUACAGCAGCAACAGCAGGUGCAACAGCAGCAGCAGCAACAGCAGGUGCAACAGCAACAGCAGAUGCAACUGCAGGCCACGGCGCAAACAGCCCACUUGGUUCAGGCGCGUGUGGUUCCGCAGCAGACGCAGAACGUGGUCUACCAGCAGUUGCAGGUGCAAAAGGUGCAGCCGCAACAGCAGCAGCAGCAGCAACCUCAGUUGGUGGCGCAACAGCAGCCGCAAUUGGUGACCACCACAGCCGCCGGGGGAACGCAGGUUGUGCGAGCUUCCUUUAGGAAAUCCGCUCGAGGAGGCGCUGUUUUGGCCAGACCAGGAACUCUGAUAACAACCAGGCCCACGCUCACGCCCACAACGAUUGUACGGCAAGUGAGGCCGCGAGGAGGAGCGGUGGGAGGUGCAGUUUCCGGCGGAAUGGUGAGGAAUAUGCGUCCUGCAGGCGUGCGACCCACUCGAGCGCAGUUGGUGGUUCAAACCAGCGGUGAGGGUCCCACCAUGCAAAUUGUGACCCAGGCCCAAAUGAAGCACAUAACCAUCAGCACGAAUCUCGGCCAGCCGCAACAGCAGCAGCAGCAGCAGGCGCAACAGCAAUUGCAGCAGCAGCCGCGUCACAUUUACCGCACUCACAUGGUCACCGAACAGCAGCAGCAACAGCAGCAGUCGCAACAGCAACCGCAGCAGCACCAGCACAUGCUAAUGAUGCGCCAUGCUCCAAUUCGCUACCGAGCUCCUGUAACCCUAACUUCCGCUGUAACAUCACCCGUGCCGGCACCUGCUCCCACUGCUCCUGCUCCUUCUCCUUCGCCCGUUCAGUCGAGCAACAUAGGCAUGGAUCUGGAGGAGCGCAUUCAGGCGGCGGUGCUCAAGAAGGAGCAGCAGAAACCGGUGCCACAGCCGGUGCAGCCCAUGCAGAUUGGAACGGGCACUACUCUAACCACUUACUAUCCAAGCGGCGGAGCUGCAGCGCAAGAGGAGGAGCAACAGCAGCAGCAGCAGGUGGUGCAGAGUCGCCCGGCCAGUGGAGCCAGCAUGACUUUAGCGGAGUACAAAAAGAGGCAAACUCUUUCGGCAUCGCCUGCUCCAGUGCCUCCACCCAAUCCCGGCCUGACAGCCAUGAGACCCACUGCUCCAGGAGCCCUCGUACGUCCCACGGCCAAGAUACAACCCACUGGAGGUUUGCCACCUGGAACCAGAAUCAUGCAGCCGCAAAGAGCCGUUCCCGCGGCUGUGGUGGCUCCACUUCCGGCGCCCGCAGCCGUCACUCAGGGAUCGUCGGUGAUGAAAACCUCGCACAACAACUACGAGAUUCACUCGCAACAUGUACUCAACAAUCGAGCCGGCCAGGAGAUAGCCGAACGCGACAAGAACAGCGCCAAGAUGUUGGUCAUCCUGGCAAGCGGCGAGCAGCGUUUGAUUACAUUCACGCUGCCCCGUGAAUCCUGCACGGUGCAGGAUCUCCUCGAGCAGGUGGGUGUGCCCUUUGACCACAACACCACCAUUCAGUGUGUCGAGCAUCGCGGUGCCAAUGUGGAUUUUGUCGUAACCGUGGGCUUUACCGUGCACGAAUCGGCCAGCGAGCUGAUUUCGCGCGCCGAGGAGAGCCUACAGAUGAAUCGUUCGCAGGAGAACCAGGCAGCGCCAGCAGCGGCAGCUAAUCCUAAUCCUCAACCCAAUCCAAGUCCCUCGCCGGCCUACGCUCAAGCAAGUGCCGCCGCCGAGCAGGCGAAACGCGAGGCAGCCAGUUCGGCGGCCAGUGGAAAUACCUCAGUUGGAACAACGGCGGUAGCAUCAGCAGCAUCUGGAGCUGCUCCCUCGGAGGGCAGGAAACUGAUCGAUGGCUUUCUGGCCGUCUGCCAGCUGUGCGGCUUCACGGGAGUGGAUCACGCCCGCUGCGAGCGGUGCAAACGUGUCUUCCCGGAGCCACCGAAGCGGAAGUCCUACAUGCCCAAGAACAGUGCCGCAUCCUCGCCAGCUUCCUCAUCAUCCAGCGAAGCGGUAACGGCAGCCACUUCGGCGGCGGAGAAGAAACGCGAGCUGGCAGCUGCCCGGUUUAGCCAAAAAAUGGCAGGAGUCGCCUACACUGGAGUGGGAGUUGGAGCACGCGGACGCGGAUCGUUGGCCAUGCGGGGCGGAAGAGCUCGAGGCGGCAGACGGGUGGCCGAAGUGGAUCCCGUGGUGCUGCUGAGCAGCGAAGAUGAGGCGGAUGAGGGUGAAGGAAAUUCGGAUUCGGGAAAUCAACCGAAUAACAAUUCUAAGUUAAACUCCAAUGGCAAUCUGCAUGAACUUUCCGCCGCCUUUGCCUGCGAACCAAAUCUUCCGGAGAUCGAUGAGGAACCUUUGUACAAAGAUUUCAGGCGUAGCGAUGUUACGGAUUUGUCUGAAAUCGCCGAGACGGAACAGUUUUCCACAUCCCUGAGAUGCAGCUGCGUGCGUUUGGUGCCCUACAGAUUCGAGAUCACGGAGCCGGUGGCCUUCACCUCGAAAGGCGUUCGCAUCGCUGGGAUUCUGAAGGACAAGGACGAGAAGUUCGUGCUGCACAUCCACAAGCAGGAAGUGAUCAAGGUCAUCGCCCACUUCGGCAAUGUGGAGCCCGCCCAGCCGCUGGUCACGCUAUAUCUCCUCAAGACCUGCGCCGAAUAUGUCAAGAAUCAGCUCCAACUGCCCGACGAUCAGCCGAAUGAACAAAUGGGCUUCAAGACGCACAGCUUUCACACUCGCCGCCUGAUCCUGCUCUUCGACAGCGUAUCCAUGUCUGCCCGCGGCAUAAUCAAGUCCAUGUUCAACUGUGUGGACGAGAUAUCCUCCACCGAUGCCGCCGAGAUCCUCGAGAGAAUUGCGGACUCUGAUCGCAAGACGCAGGACAAGAGCUCCCAGCCGCCGCCGCGCCAACUGAGAACGGACGAGCAGGUCAGCCUGCUGAUGUAUCCGCCGAAGGGAACCGGCAGCCUGUGCAUCCGCAUGGAGGACUACGUGUGCCUCACCAAGGAGUCCUACCUCAACGACAUCAUCAUUGAUUUCUACCUGCUCUGGCUGAGGAAUACGCUGAUUCCGGAGCCUCAGCGCGAGCGCACGCACAUAUUUAGCACAUUUUUCUACAAGAGAUUGACGACGCUAACGCGUCCGGCGGACAUGAAGCAGACGGCGGCACAGAAACGGCACGCUCGAGUGCAGAAAUGGACCAAGGUGGUGGACAUAUUCGACAAGGACUUUAUUAUAGUGCCCAUCAACGAGCAGUCGCAUUGGUUCCUGGCCAUCAUCUGUUUUCCCAACCUUAAGGGUCCCGUAACCUUUGAUACCAAUCAGCCUGUGGAGCCGCAGCACUUGAAGCGUCCGAGGGGCAAGAAGGUGUCGCUGCAGAUUGGCAACACGACCAUCACGCCGCUGACAAAAAGGGGUGAGAGUGGUGGGCAACUGCCGGCGGCUCUGACGGCGGACAAUGUCUGCCGGAUAGCCGACGACGAGAGCGAAAGGGACGAGGCGGAGGGCGAUGACAGCGACAUGGCUUCGGAGGAUAGCGAAAACUCCAAUUCGGCCAAGGAACCAGCCACCAGCACGACAGCAAAUUCCACCACCAGCAGCACGCCUAGUCAAUCGACUCCCAGUGGCGGUCCAGCGAGGAACAUUGCCUCCUCCGACGAUGUGCCCGCUGUUAAGCAACCUCUGAUCCUCAUCUUCGAUUCCCUGGCCGGCGCCUCGCGAAGUCGCGUGGUGGCCACGCUGCGAGACUAUCUGACAUGCGAGUAUCGGGUGAAGAAGCCGGAUGCGCAGGCGCACGUCUUCAACAAGGACAACAUGCCGGGCCACUGCGUCAAGGUGCCGCAGCAGAACAAUUUCACCGAUUGCGGCCUGUAUCUGCUGCAGUAUGUGGAGCAGUUCUUCAGCGAGCCCAUUAGAGACUAUAGGCUGCCCAUCAAGCAGCUGACCAAUUGGUUUGAUUUCCUCACCGUCACCAAGAAGCGCGAGGAUAUCGCCAAUCUCAUCCAGCAGCUGAUGGACGAGGGCAACCAGCAGCAAAGGCAUAUACUGCCAGUGAUUGAGUUCCCCACGCUGAACGGCCAGCUGGUGGAGUAUCCCGAGGAUACGGAGAGCGCUGAGUUCGAGGAGGAGGAGGGCCAUGACGACGAUGAGCCCACAAGUGAAUUGCAUGAUGAGAACAAUGCCGGCACCGACAUGGAAGUGGAUCCUGUGAACGAGGAGAAAACCUCCGCUGUAACCACAGUCGCUGCUCCAACGACGACGACGGCCACGACUGGCAAGCGGUUCGUGCUGAAGCGGCGUCUGCAAAACGGAUCCAUUUCGAGUCCCAGCAAUGGCAACGGCGAGGCCAGCAGCAAUGGCGGUGCACUGAUGCCCCAGCUGGUGAGCACAGCGGCGGCGGCGGCGGGAGUUUCGGCCGGAGUUCCCCACCUAACGACGCCACGUGGACCGAGCGGCGGCCUGAAGAUUCGCAAGAUCGAGCCGUAGCACCCGGCGAUUCUCGCCCUGCAAAUGCCCCACCUGCCUGCGCUGCUACAGCUGCCACAGCUGCGGCUGCCACACCAACACCUGUAAAUACGCCAUUACACAUUACAUUGGUUAUUUCUAUGUACUCUAUGUAUCUAAACAUUUGCCCCUAAAAACUAAAAACUAAACUAAAACUUACAAAAAAUAAAGACUUCAAUACUA